AUGUGCAGCCGCGAGAAGGACGUACCUGCGCUUGCUAGCGACGCGAAGGGUGUGGCAGAUCGCCGUCCGGCCGCGCUUGCGCCUUCGGCGCCCCCAUCUGGCCCCCCACUUAUGACGACCAGUGCUAUGGCUAUGGAUUUGAUGAACACAGCUCCAGAAACUUUGAAGACAGCGCUGUCUGUUCCGCUCCCCGAUUCUGAAGAUGAGAGCUCCACCGCCCCUCAGCCACGCGGACGAAGUGGGAAACAGAAGAGGAGGGCAACAGCCGCGACGUCCGCUGUUCGCAGCUCGCCGAUCGAGAAGAGGGCCAAGCAAGAUUUCGCCCCUGACGCUGAUGGUUUUGUCCCGGCCCGGCGCACUGCAAGACGCAUGCAGUCAUCGACGACGCUUCCAACUGCCGUCGCCAACUCAUUCGACGCGCUCGCUGACGCGCCGGACCAGCUGCCACGCGAUCCUGCGCCGAAGAAAGACUCCCAUCUUCCGCCGGUGGUCCUCCAGUUUCGGCCGCCCUAUGGGGAACUGCAGAAGUUGUUGCGCAGCUGGACAACGGCCGUGUAUACUGUGAAGCCUGCCGGACGAGACCUGUACAGGGUCAUACUCCGAACUGCUGACGACUAUCGCCGGGUCACUCAGGAGGCGUCUGAGCGUGGUAUCCCGUUCUAUACCCACGCUUCCGCACCUGACAAAGUCUUGAAGAUUGUCAUCCGGGACCUCCCAUUCAACAUGGAAGCCGAUCACCUGCAUCGUGAACUCGCUGACCUGGGCUUCUACAUACGGUCAGUCGUGAAGAUGAAGUCGCCUAAAUCGCGCGAUGAUAUGCCGCUCUUCCUGGUCGUCUGCUCCGACACCCUGGAGAACCGAAGUGCGUGCCCCCGUCUGCCCACCGAGAAGCCGACAUGUGCACUCUGUGGCGGUGCUCACGUGGCCAGCUAUCGUGGGUGUGAGGUGUGGAAGCGUGCCAUCGCUCGCCAACGUGCCCAAACACCAGCGCCAAAUCCGAAGAAGCCAGCAACGAGACGGCCCGGCGUCUCUUUCGCGGCGGCAACGUCAGGGGCGCCCUCCGCCGUCCCGGCUGCGUCGGCUGCUCCUGCUCCUGCCGCGUCCGAUGCCGUGCCGAUACCUGAGGCUCCUGCGCCUCCACCACAGCUGUUACUGGCGGACCCGGGUACUGCCUCUCCUGGGCCGUCGGCCAGACCGCGCCCCGACAAUUGCCUGCGCGGGGGUCAGGGCCCCGUGGGUACCCAGCGCUCAGCACCGUCAGUCGAGCAGCCCCAGGUGGACUCUCCAAGCGAGUCAGCCACGCCUCCCCCUUCCAGAGACGGGGCCGCGCCGGCUGCCUCCACCGCUGACCUGGCCAACCUCGUCGCGCAGCUCACUGCCUUGGUGACCAGUGCUACGAAAUUGAUUGAAGCCCUGUCGCAGCAAUUCACCGCUGCAGUGCCGCUGGCCUCUCCGGCCCCGACCGCUGUCAACACUCACCAGCUGCACCAUGGACAGCGUUAG